AUAUUUUAUGUUUUAACUGCCUGUUAAUAAUUUAACGAGCACGACAUCAACAACUGUAAAAAUAUUCAGCAUGCAUUAUAUGUAGCAAAUGAUGACAUUUAGGCUACAACAACGACACGACCAUAACAAGCCGUUGGUCCGAUAGCACUUAACAUUCUGAUGUCAAACGUGUUUUUGGCCCAGUUCACGAACUAGGAAAGUAUAGACUGGUUGCAUGUUGAGUCUUAAUUAUCUAACUUUUCAAUCUUUGUUGAACUUAAAUAUAUAGUCUCAGUCUAGGCCUAUUCAAAAGUUUAUUCGAAGAAACCAAUGGUUAUUUGCGUUUCUGUUUUGUCAUGCAUGUCUCAUUUGACUUAUUCAUUAAUUUGGUUGAAUUCUUGAUAAUCUAUCUAAAUAGGAUAGGCUAGAUAUCCACACACUCCAUAGGAAUCAACAUGGAACUCGGACGGAGGGAGAGAAAGCAGAAACAUUAUGUUCGAAAAAGAAUAAUCACCGAAAAUGAAGAAUUCUUGGAAGGAACCAGCACUGCGAAAAUGCAUUCUUUUGAUGCGAACCACCAGAGUCAACAUUACGUACAAAAUGUGCACAGAGGGAGAAAAGAUGCCCAAACAAAGCCGUAUUCAAAACAGCAAAAAGUGGACAAGCACUUUAAACAGUCUAAAACAACCCAAAGGACAGGGAUGGCAGGUAGAGAAAGAGGCAGUGUUCUUCAGCCCACUUUCACACUAUCACUUGUGGAACCAUCACUAGUAGAAAGAAGAAGAUUUAACAUCAAAACAAAGCUGAUCACAUCCUCAGAUACAUGUUUUACUAGGCUUGAAGAACAAGAAAUAAACCAGAGAGCAGAGGUGUAUGCACUGACAACUUUGGCAGAAACUGAGUUCUACAUCCUACCAGAGAAUGUCAACAAUGAGGAAUCUCAUUCCGCCAGUGGUGGAAAUUCCCACAUGUCACAAGGAGCAGAAUCCACCAAGGAAAGAGCAAAGAGAAAACGCAGAUCUUACAGUAAUAUUGACUGCUUUGUUACACAGUCAAGGAAGGAAGAUGGCUGUGGAGAUCGUCACUUUCUUCCAGCAGGUACAAAACUACUGAAACCUCCCAGAAAGCUGGUGGAGCUUGUGGCUGAGGCCAUUGAUCAGAGUCCAGAUGGUCUUUUACAAGUCCAACAGAUCUAUGCUGUUUUACAAAACAAAUUUCCUUACUUCCGGUUCAUUGAUAAACCUGCCAUUAACAGUUGGAGGAGUUCAAUUCGCCAUGCUCUGUACCAGAAGUGGUUCCGAAAGAUUCGCUUUUCAACAGAAGCGAUAAGCACAAAAGGUUGUUUCUGGGCCAUAAACCGCUCCCUUGCUCCCAAUGAAUGGAUUGUACCCUACAACCCAGACCAUUACAUGAUCUCUCGAACACCUAAGCCCAAAUCCACAACACCCUUUUUGGACAUGCUGCAAGAACCAAGUGUUGAAGAUGAACAUCUCAAGGAUGUAAUUCAGAUAGCCAAGGAAUAUGGUAUCAGCUUCCCGGAGUGUAUUGCGGAGGCCAAAGGAGAGUUCCAGUCUCUCCAGGUUCUCAAUGUCCCUUCCCCUGUCCGAGAUCCAGACCCCAUCUUGGUGGCAUGUGUACCAGAGAGAUCAGCUAACACACCCAAGGCUGUAGCAUUCCAAACAUGCUUUGAUACUGAUGAAGGAUUUGAUGAACUGCCCUUGAAGUUGACUCCUCUGAAGAUAAGCCCAGUGACUGGCAACACCUCUGACGGCAACACCAACUCCUGCUGCACAUCCCCCAAUGACAGCUCUCUACUUGCCUGGACUUCCCUCAGUUUUGAUGACCUGCCAAACCUCUUCUCUCCAUCAUUCAGCAACCACCCCUAUGGCAUGCCAGUCUUCCCUGAUCAUUAAAUCUAGAUCAAUCUAUCACAAAAUAAGUUGCAGUCAUAUCUAGUACUGUAUCACACCUCGAUAGAUUCACUUAACAUUCAAUCAAAUGUGGCCAUGUGUGAGCUACACACACUAUAUUUACUUCAUGUAAUUAUCAAUAUGAAAUAAAUGUCAUCCUAAACAUUUCUUUCUAGAGCAGAGAGAGUAUUAUAGUGUCAUAUGCUUGUCAUUGCUGGACACUUUUUAUCACUUGAGUGGAGCCAAUAUGUCUUAUUAUAAACAACACUGCCGAUUAAUGUGUCAGAUGGCAUGCUACUCUUGAAAUGAAAAUGUAUAUAUCAAAGCGAUUCUUACUAACAUGUCUGAUGAUGUUGGUUUUUAGUUAAUUCCGAACGUGUUUUUUUCCAUCCAUCCGUAUCUUUGCCUAGACAAUUGAUCAUUAUAUACAUAGGUGAGCUCUUAUUUUGUACAUGCAUGUGUAUGUAUGUUAUUUGGGAGUCAUUAUUUUUUCUGUAUUUAAAUUAGAAGUAAAAUGGUCAUCAAAUGUAUUUUUUUAAAUAUAUUUUUUUUAUGUAGGCAGUGCCUGUGAAACAUGAAUAUAUUUUGGUAGCUUUGCAUGUUUUACAAAAUUACCAAGUAAAAAAUGGUCCACCCCAAUGAUAAUUUUAUAGGAAUUACAUGUGCUACAUGUAAUGUAAUACAUUACUGAAGAAUAUUAUCAAUGAAGUGUAAUAACUUCAUGAAUCUAAUGAUAUUUUUCUGGCAUUUGUGUUGUGUAUUGAUUAU